GGCUUUGACUCAGCAGGGAGCUAAUUCAGAUCUGUGCCAUCCUCUGACACUAAGUGGCCCCUGGGAUUUUUCUCUUUCACCACAAUGCCAACAAAUGUCUCAUUUCUUUUUAUUUUAUUUUCAGCCACAAAGGUCAUGUAUUCCCUCUGGGCUCAGUUUCAAGCAUGGAGCCCCCAAACCUCUCAAUUCUAGAUGAUGAGUUUAAUUCCAUCUCUGCCCCUGUUAUUAUGAAUCACAUGAGGAUUUUUCUCUUUUUAUUUCCCUCCAGAGAAUUUCCCAACCAUCUUUGAGUCCAAGAACUAGUUGAAUUAUCCAGGGAUCCCUCCUGAGAGGGAGAAUUAUGAUAAAAGUUUCAGCUCUGCUCUUUGGCCGAAUCCUCCAGGGGAGACUUUGGGCAGAGAAAUAGGGAGUUUUGGGACAGGCAGAAUCUGUGCUCUUGAAUGUCCAUCUCUCUCCUUUCCAGAUGAAGCUAAGAGUUUCUCUGUGUUUCAAUCAGGAAAGACGCUGCAGAUUCCAGUUUCUGAGAGUCCUUUGAAUUCUUCUAAUUCUUCUUUAGAAACAGGAAAGGGAUUCAUUGAUUCACCCCAUGAAUUAUGGACCUCCUGCUUCUGCUUCUGAUGCUGCUGUUGUCCCAUCCAGUCUCUGGGAAGCUGAGAAUGAAAUGCCCGCUGAGUUCAGAGAACCAGAAUGGAAAACAACCACAGAGCUAUUACAGCCCAGGAGACCAUCUCAUUGCUAUAGUCUUCAGUGGAGAGGAAAGAUCGCAUAUAAAGUUGCUUUUCAAUGUGGCUCCUUCUGUUCAGUUUCUUUCCCGUAAUAUGUAAGUCAUUCAGGAUGAUGGAGUUGCACUCCCUCCAUUCUAACACUCUCCUUCUUUUCUGCUUUUUUUUUCAUUUAUGCCUAUAUUGAGAGAAUAUGUCUAAUUUCAUAAAUGCUUUUGAUUUCCAUGGCUUCUCUCUUUUCUCUGAUUUUGUGAAAGAGACUCGCAUCCAAAAAUGGGUCUGAAAAUGAACAGACUGCAGAUUAUUUUCCUCUCUCAGUUCAAUCCUUAAUUUAUUAUUUGAAUAAUGAAUUUUAUUUAAAAUAGUUGUUAAACCAGUUGUAGCUCUUGUACCUCAGCCAAUUUCCAUAUUUGUGUAAUUGAUCAUUGGUUUUGUAUCAAUGUUGGCUUAAGGCUAUUCUGAUAUAUUAAAAACAGUAUUUGCUGUUGCUUUUGAUUAUAAUAUUUUUUUUACAAUAGGAAUUUUUAUAAAUUUAGAAAUGGCUUACUAUUCAUUUUCAACAUUCAAAUGGUCAACAAGAAUUCCCAGCUCCUGCACAAUCUCACACUUGGUUACAACAUCCAUGACAACUAUUGGAGCACUUUCCGCACUUUAGAUGCCUUGCUGGACAUUCUCUCCACUGGAGAAGCCAAUGUCCCCAACUAUGGCUGUGGAAGGAAGGAGAACCUUCUGGCUCUUCUUGAUGGAACUAGAAAGGAUAUCUCCAUUCAGAUGGCAACAUUAGGAGGCACCUACAAAGCUCCACAGAUCAAUCUUGAAACUGCUUCAGAGGCUCUGAGUGACAAAAGUAAAUUCCCCUUUUUCUAUCGGAUGAUCCCCAAAGAAGGGAUCCAGUACCCAGCCAUUGUCCAGCUCCUCCUCCAUUUCAGAUGGACCCUGAUUGGCCUCUUUGCUUCAGACACUGAGAAGGGAGAGAAUUUUAUGAGGACUUUCCCUCCUAUGCUUGUCAGGAAUGGAAUUUGUGUGGUUAUAUCGCAACUGUUCUCAACAACUGAACAUGCAGAAGCUCCCAGGGAGGCCCUCUCUGAGUGGAGACAAGUCAACAUCUUUGUUCACUUCAUGGAAUAUGAGACCAUUUGGGACAGAAUUCUUCCUUUCCAUGAAAUUCUUCUCCGUUUGCCAGGAACUGUUGAAGGGAAAGUCUGGAUCCUCACACAUUUUUUAGGGCACACACUAAACAAGCGCAGACUUCUCAAAUACGUCCAUAGUAUUUGGAACUUUGCUUAUCUGACAAAAAGCCGCAGAAGAUGCACCCAGAAAGCCCCACUGGAGACCCAGGAGAAAAGGAACAGGAAAAGGAUCCCAAAUGACUAUCAAUAUUACAGUCUCAUUCAGACUCUGGCCCAUGCCAUGAAUGCCGCCUAUUCCUCCAGAUUGAGGAGGAGAAGGAAGGAGGGAGAAAAGAGGUUGGGGUCUCCAAGGCUUCAGCCAUGGCAGUUUCAUCCCUUUCUGAAGAAGAACGAGUUUUGCAAUAUUUCUCAGAGAGAAAUGUACUUGGAUCAAAAUGGAGAGAUAACGGCAGAUAUGGCCAUUUGGGGCUUCUUGGUUCUCCCCAAGGAGGAUGCCAGGAAACGGAUUCUGGCGAAUUUUAAAAGACAGAGAUUUACUAUCAAACAAGAUGCUCUUUCAUGGCUAAAGUUGCUCAAUAAGUCCCUGCCUCAGUCCAAAUGUGUGGAAAAUUGUCACCCUGAGGCUUCCGGGCCUGAGACUUGUGACUCUAUUGGCUUACUGACCAAGUUCAUCAAUGACUGGGAUUCGCUUAAUGACCACAACUGUGAUGCAGGAUUGACAUUGUUGAGUGUGCGCUGUGGGUACAAGCAGCUCCAAGGGAGCAAAGGCAGAAGCUUCUACAGGGACCCCACAGCUGUGGGGCACCUCUAUGACGAAGAGUCUGUGACCAAGGGAGAUUGCAAAGGAUGA